AUGACCAACUACGGAGACACCUGGUCCACGACCUACGAUACCUACGACACGGCAGGAUCAACCUACAACCCUGCGGGCUCAACCUAUGAUACUCUAGGCUCAACAUACAGCCCCACAGGCUACAACACAUACGGUACAAGAGACUAUAGCCUUGGCACUGGCGCAGUGGGCUACGGUUCAAAUGCAACUGCUACGACUUACGAUACCGACACCGGCCGCGGCACCACAUCAUACGACCCUGCCACCGGUGCCUACGACCAGCAUCUUGAUUACAGCACCCCCACUGGCCGUCGACACCACCGUGAGCGCGUUAACAACGCUGGCACCUAUCGACACCGCGACGUUGACCGCUUUGAUGACGGAUCUACUCGCGUCCACAAGGAAUACGAUAAUCCAAACACUGGUACCAGCUACCACCGUGACUAUGAGCGAUAA